ACCACAAAGUCAUCAAGACAAUCAAUUCUAUUACUCCUAACUACAUACACCACGUCGAAAUUAAGACAUACAUACACACAAACACAAAGCCCAAGAAUAUGAAUCCUAUGAUCUUUCAAUGUGCCCUUAUUCUCCUCCUUGCUAUUCCUACAUAUUCGAUCCGUUUCGAAUCUGAUAAGGGUGAAUUAUUACACCACGACACGGGGUCAAUAGACAUGUCCGCAGGACCUAGUGACACGCCGGGUGCCCCAACCGGGGGGAGUGGAUCGGGCCGAGGCCCGAAUUGGGAGUACAAUUGGGGAUGGGGGGCGAGCCCGACUUCCGGGUGGGGUUACGGGUCGGGCUCGGGGAAGUCCCCUAAUGGGUUCGGGAGGGGAUUUGGUUUUGGGUUUGGGUCUGGGUCUGGGUCCGGGUCUGGAUCUGGAUUUGGAUAUGGAAGCGGCGGCGCUCAUGGGGGCGGUCAUGGGAGUGGUAGUGGCGCCGGGGGCAACAAUGGAGAGCGUCCGAUGUGGACUCCGAAGCAUGGUUAGGUCGAAAAAAAAAUGUUAUGUCCUAAGAAAAAAUUGUAUUUGAUGAGGACAAAAGUUGGAUGUUAGGAUUAUGGUUUUUGGUAUGUGUUGUUGGUACUAUUAUUGCAUGUGUUUGUGUAAUGCUUUUAUGGGACUUACGUAUGUUGUGUGUGUUACAAUGUUUAGUGUGUUUAUUUGGAUGAAAUUAUGAGUUUGUGUGUGUGUGUGAAGUAUUGUAGUAUAUGUGUAUGUAAUAAUAAUAGUGGUUGUGAUGUUAAAAUUAUGUAGACCAUGAAUCAAUAUUCAAUAAUUUUUAACUUUUGUUGGGUAAA